ACGCAGAACUAGUGGACUGACAACAACUGCCAAUUGGCCUCGAUCAUCAGCGAACAUCCGCCAUGACCGAAGAAGCCGGCAAGCAAAACCCCAUGCGCGAGCUUCGUCUCGAGAAGCUUUGCCUCAACAUCUGUGUCGGCGAGUCUGGUGACAGAUUGACCCGUGCCGCUAAGGUGCUGGAGCAGCUUACCGGUCAGCAGCCCGUCUACUCGAAGGCCCGUUACACAGUUCGUACCUUCGGUAUCCGUCGUAACGAAAAGAUUGCUGUGCACUGCACUGUCCGUGGUCCUAAGGCAGAGGAGAUCUUGGAGCGUGGGUUGAAGGUGCUCGAGUACGAGCUCAAGGCUCGCAACUUCUCGGCAACCGGAAACUUCGGUUUCGGUAUCCAGGAACACAUUGACUUGGGUAUCAAAUACGACCCCUCGAUUGGUAUUUACGGUAUGGACUUUUACGUUGUCAUGGGUCGCCCCGGUCACCGUAUCGCCCGGAAGAAGCACAAGGCUGGACGUGUUGGCGCGCCCCACCGUGUCAACAAGGAGGAGACUAUCAACUGGUUCAAGCGCCGGUUCGAUGGUAUUGUCCUCAACAAAUAGAAUGCUUUUAUGGGGCUGUGGGGGUAGUGUUUCAAUAAGAAAAACCAAUUGAAAUUACUGCCACGCUGUUGAGGUGGGGUGCGGCUGAGGUCCAUUUGGUUUAUGUGUCAUUUUUAUUGCGGAGGUAAAUACAUCCCGUUGCGUCCGUCUGUACAUGAUGAAAA